AUGGUGGGCAUUUCCACUGGCUAUCCUGGCCGGCACUAUCACGCCCUCACCAGGACCAAGAUAAAAAAUCUCAGCAAUGACUUAAGAGGUCAAGUAGCAACUGUUAUGCAGCAGGGGCAAAGUCGCGGAAAAGAAGAAAAUUCCCUCCAGGAACUCUCAAAUCUAUUCAUUCUCAAGCCAAGAAAUAAAAAUAAAAACGUUUUCACCUGUACCCAGUGGAACGAGCGAGCAGCGUACCGGGCCGCGGUGGCCCACGCAGCCGGGGCAACCGGCCGGCGGCCUCACGCGCUGCUGCCGGGCCGUGCCCGGGCGUCCGCUGGCGCCCCGGGACUCCGGCGCGCCCACACGGACCGAGGGGCCGGUGUCCCCGCGCCCGUCAUCACGUUCCAGUGCAUAUGGCUCAGGGGCCCGGAGGAGACACCGUCAGCGACCCAGCGAGAGCGCCGCGCCCUGCCCAGAGACCCGCGCCGGGCCGGAGCCGGUGGCCGCGGCGCCCGCGGGGUCCAGAGCCGAGCCCGCAAUGCAGACGCGCCGGCGAGCCCCGCGCCGAGCCCGCGACCCCCGCGCCCUCGCGGCCCGGUACAGGGGCUGCCCGGCCUCUGCGCCCACCUGCUCCGCCGCAAAGCCGCGGAGGCAUCCGGCGCCGCGCUGGGACUGACCGCGCACCUACCGGGACCGCGGCCCCGGCCCCACCGCCGCCGGCAGCACCGCGGCCAGCGCCGUCUCACCUGCCGCGCCGUGCCGCUCCGUUCGGCCAGCCCGCAGCGCCUCAGUAGCCUCUACCCGACUUCCAUUUUCUCUCGCUUUAAGGAAAAUCGGAUCAGCUGUUUCUCGCGCUCCGGCUCAGCGGCCCCCUCCCCAGCUGCCGCUUUCGGUCAGGGGGCCUCUCCACCCCCGCCUCCUCCAGCGCUCCGCUCCGCCCCUCGCGCCCCUCCGCUCCGCCCGCGGCCGCGCGCGCCCCCUGACGUCACCGGCCGCAGCCGCGCCCCGCCCCCUCCCCCCGUGGACGUGCGCGCACCCCGCCCCCGCCCUGCCGGGCGGCUCCGAGCGCGCGUGCUCGCGGCAACCACUCGAGCAGACCCGGACUCCGGGGAGAGCGCGGGUCACCACUCGUCCGCGUCCCCUCGCCCGCGCUAG